GGCAAAAUGAACUGGACAAUUUUUUUGAUUUUUCAUUCACAAUAUUACUCUAAAUACACUUAUAGCACGUCAAGAAAACCCAAAAAAUAAAAAAAUGCAUGGCGAAGGCUUUUGAAGAAGACAGAUCAGAAUCGGGGGGAGGGAUCCCACCCACGAGAUCAAGCUCCAACCCUCUCCCUCACCACCAUUCUCAAGAACCUCCUCUGAAGAGAAAAUUACCUAUAGAAACAAAUCCAGAAAAGGGCACACUUCUUGAAACUCAACAAUGUCUCCUCCUCCAGCCGUUGUCACCUAGCAGAAAAUGCCUCUUUCUGAAAACUCCCCCCUUUUUCACCAGCCUUUGAACCCUUAUUUAUACCAAAAGUAAAAAGCAAAGGAAAAAAAUAAAAGAACCUAGAUCUAUCCCUAGCCUUCUGAUCUAGCCCUUUUCUUAUCCACCCUUGAUCCUUAAAACGCCAAAAUUGAACCCCUUUAGCCUCUGGACAGCUGUUGAUUUCUCCAGGCUAGAAAGCAAAGGACAGAAAGCUUUUUUUUUUUUUUUUUUUUUUUUUUUCUUUGUCUUUUGUACAGGUCUCCUAAAGUGACAGAGCAAGUGCAGAAUGGGCUGUAGGGGCAGGGGCGUAGCAGUGCAGAAGCAGGACCACAGCAGUAAAGUACAGCAAGCAGGAGGCGCGGCAACAAGGUGUAGGGGUGCAGGCGUGCAGCCUCAAUGCAGCAAGCAAGGGUGCAGGCAGCAAGUUUAGGGAGCAAGUUGGUUCAGGAAAAGAAGAUUCUGGAGAGCAAAAGGAUUUUAACUUUUUUUUUUUUUUUUUUGGGUUUUUGGGUUUUUGUCAUUUUUUUUGGGUUUGGGUCUUGGUUUUUUUGUUUUUGUGAUUUUUGGGUAAUGGUGGGCUUGGGUUUUUGGGUUUUUAGUUUUGGGUUUGGAUAAUUCAGUGGGCUUAAUUGAAAUGGGUUGGUGUUGGGUUUGCAAAUUUGAUGAAUUUCACCCUCAAACUUUUGAUUCCU